AUGAUUGAUGAAGAGAAAAAGAUUAAAAUCGAAAUAAAUAAUAUUAACACCAUAAUAUUAGACAUAUUAUGUACAGAAGCCAUACGUAAAAUAAAAUUCAUCUUACACAUUCUAAAUGAACUUUUAAAAAAAAAAAAAAAUAUAUUACAUGUAUAUAUAACUAAUAAAAUCGAUCAUUUAUCAACACACAAGAAACAACGACAAAUAUUUCAAUCCUUACAAAAUAAAAUUGAAUUAUGUGAAAACGAAUCUCACUAUAAUUUAAUACAAAAACAAAUAGAUGAAUAUAUUAAUUCUUUAAGUGAAACCAAUGAAAUUUUAUGCCAGAAUUCUCCGACCGACAGGAACAUAAAAGAAAACCGAAAUAAAAUAAUUGAGGAUGGUAGUCUUCUUUUAAACAUUUUUAGAAAAAUGAAAAAGAAAAAAUUUUCUUCCAUACUUAAUGAAUUAGAAAAAUUUAAAGAUGAACAGAAUUUACUUAUCAACCUUAAUCAAAAUGUUUAUCAUAAAAAACAAAUCAUCAAUAUUUUAAAGGAGGAAAUAAAAGAACAAAUGGAAAACACGAAGAGGAAAAGAAUAAAUAUAGAAAACAAAAUAAAAGAAAUUGAAAAAAGAAAGAAAAUAUUUUUUGUAAAAUUCAUGCUUUAUUAUAUAUAUAAAAAAGAAUAUGUUCAUGCAAAUGUUGCACAUUAUAAUAGAAAUAUGGAAUUUAAAGAAAACGCUGUUACCAAGUCAAAAGAAAAUAUGGAAAGUGAGUUAAAGGCAUAUGAUGACAUUAAUGAUUUUAUUAAAUCCUUUCUAAAUAAAAGAAAUGAUAAC